CACACACACACGACUGGCAUGACAGCACUGGCAUGAUCGGACUCUAUACUGGAUCUCGCCGAUCCUGCUACACACAGACCCCAUCGGCUCCGAUCCCCUGCACAGGCUGUGCUAAGAGAACACAAGGCCUCUGUGGAGUUCCUGUCCCUGGCAUGCUGACUGAAUAGCUAAAGACUAAGGCAGCACACUACGUCCCGAUGAAGGAAGUUCAUUCUCUGCUGGGCACCUUGGCACCUGGUACACUGGUACAUUGCCUGUCAACGCAGGUCAGAAUAUAGAAGAUGGCAAAAUCACUUUCGAGGUCCCCCAGGUGGAAGCCCAGAAUUCCACUGGAGAGAAGCCCAGAACGCAACAGACAUAGAAACAUCCAAGAUCCUUACCACAAUAAUGAUGACUUCCAUAGAGACUCAAGAAGAUCCAAACACUGGGAGGACGAGCAGCAUAGGCAGAGUAAUUGCAGAACUGAAUCCUACAGCCACUUUAGUGAUAAUUUCUUUGAACACGGUUCGUUUGACACCAAUCAAAGAAGAUCCCCAUUCGAGGCAAUAAAUCGACUGAAGAGAGCCUACUCUCCUGAGCGAAGAGAAGAAAGCAAUAGAAGAUUCCCACCAAAAUGUCCCGAAGACACAAAUUACAGAGGAAAUACUAGAAACUUCCAUAACCACAGAAAUCACGAAAGAAAUGGUAAUAAUAACAAUGUACAUAAUAACGGCUUUAAAGCAGCAAGACGUGAGGACAACUUUCAAAGACCAUACAAUAGAGGCUAUAAUAAGGGCUGGCAUAAAAGUGAUGACCAUUGGAACCAGCAUGAUCCAGAAAACCAGUAUUUGUCACCUCAUAGAAGAAGACCUGAAGAACAUGAAAGAAAGUCAUUUCAGAAGAGGUAUCCUGAGGAUGAUUACAGAGAACAUGAGCCACUUCAUAAGAGAGCCAGAGAAGUAGAACAGCAAGACUUCCGAUCACCUUUGAAAAGUUCUCACUGGAAAGGUGACCAUCCAGAACGACCGUACAAUGCCAAAGAUUGGUCAAAGGAUGCAGAUUACAAAGGUCCUACUCCAUUUGUUCAUGAGAAACAUUCAGGAGCCUUAACCAAAAUUGAAUAUGACUCUAGUCAUAGAUCACCAACAUAUGUAUAUACUAAGCUUAUUUUGGAAGAUGAAUAUGUUGAAAGGCACAACCAUUCUGAGAGGCAAAGCAGGCAUGAAGAGAGAAAAAACGAAUCUACCAGGAGUUCUCAAUACCACAGAACAUCAGAUAGCGAUAUCGGAGAAAGGAGGAGGUAUGACAAUAGGUCUUUGGAGCCAUUGUCUAGAUAUAGUUCAAAAAACCAUGAUGAUAAUACAGUUUCCAAAAAUAGCAUUGACAUGAAGUAUGCAACCCAUAAGCACAAGGAAAAGACAAGAAAGGAAGGUGAUUACCAGAGGACCAAAGAAGAUGAAUACCAGAAGAAUCCACCUUCUCCACUCCAUCUGGAAAGUUCACAAACUCCAGAUCCCAAAGGUGUUUUGAAGAUCACUUCUGAAAAGGAAUCUAUCGUUGUUAAUUUGGCUUUGAAGAAAUCAUCGGAUAAGUAUAGACAGCCUCACGAGCAAAGGAACAAACCCAAACACCUGCCUUCACCAUCUAACACCACCCAAGGACUGGGAAUUUCACAGGAGAAGCAGAUUAUAGUUGGGGAUAUGCAAAAAAGGGGCAACGCUACUUCCAAGGAUAGACAACUGUCUCAUGAUCUUGUAGCUGUUGCUGGAAAGGAGAUGUUCCAUCCUGUGUUUGAACACCUAGAACCUUCAUUGCAGGGUCCCACUAAUGCACCAAAUUCUGAAUUUACUAAGGAAAUUAUAACCAUCAUUCAUGAAGUCAAAGCAAACCACUUCAGAUCAGCUGGCAUGUCGCUUCAUGACCGCUUCACCAAGCUGCAAGAAGAGAGCAGUAAACAAGAGUUAAAACUUACUAACACUGCACCGCAAACCAAUCCAGAGAUUCACAGGAGAAUUGAUAUUUCUUUGGAAGAGCUUCAGAGUAAAUCUCUUCACAAAACAGUGGACGUUGCCUCCAGUCAUAGUCACAGAUUGGUUGAAGAUCCAAAUGACUUGCGGCAUGAUAUAGAGAGGAGGCGGAAACAGAGAUUACACAGUGGACAGAAUGGUACUACGGAUAUUAGCUAUGGCGACAGUGACCCUUCAAGCAGCUGUUAUGUACUUCCGCACCAGGAAACAGGAGAAUUUCAGAGUUCAAGGGUGAGCAGGCCACCUUUUCGAAAGUCAAUAGGAAGGCCUCCAGUUAGGGGUGCAUAUUACAGAGGAAAUUCUAACCAGUACUACACUUCACGGAAUUUUGAAGACACAGAUGAGAUUAGAAGGCCUUACAAGGGAUGGGGGAACCCCGCUGCAAGAAUAUAAUGUUCUUCCCUAGAUUUCAUGAAGACUGUGCUACAAACAAAAAGGACUUCUAGAUUUAGAUAUGUGACUUUCAAGAGCACUGGCUUCAAUAGUCUUGAUAAAAGAAAAUAACUAUUUUUCGGUAGUGGAAUGCUGCACAACUUUUUUACGGUUUUGACAUUUUUCUAAAGACAGCGUUGAGAUGGAAGAUUACUAGUUUCCCUGUUACUUUUUUUGCAAGAAAAUGAAAAAAAAAAACCAUAUGCAAAGCAGUAAACAAUGUUUUUCAAGCAGAGAUCAUCCCACCUAUGGGAAUGUCCUAUUUAUUGUGCAUAUUCCUCAAUAAGAGCAUGUUUUUGUUUGAAUUUUCUCCAUAAUGUUUUCAUUUUUUGUUUGUUUGUUAGUUGUAAAAUUCUGUUGCACAGUUUGUGUAUUAAUGUUAAUAAAGUGCCUGAAUUGUUUGA